CCCAAGCUUCCGCGCGGCUGCAGGACGCAGGCGAGGGUGCCUUCCUGGGUCUGCCGACAUCACUACCUCCCCCGACGGGAUUCGAACCGGCGCGUCGCUACGACGACACACGACAAGCUCCCCACAGGAGCCGGCGGACCCCGGAGGCACCGCCCCGCCGCCAUGCCGGACCAGGAGCAGGCUCUGAGGGACGAGGUGCUGGCCCUGAAGGACUCCCUCAGGACCCUGAGGAAGGACGCGGCCGUGGCCGGCAGGGCGGCCCGCGACCACGAGGCCGGCGAGCGGGAGCGCCGCCUCGCCGACCUGCGCGCCAGGCUGGAGCGCGAGCGAGACGACCAGCUGCGGCGGCAGAGGGCGGCGCUGGAGCGCGAGCUGUCCUCGCAGAUGCGCGCCGAGCUGAGGAGGAGGGACGCCCAGCACCGCGGCGCCCUGGCGGCGGCGCGGCGCAAGGAGCGGGACCUGCAGAUGCGCCUGCGCGACGCAGAGCGGCAGGCCCUGGAGGCGAGCGCCGCAGCCAGCGCUCCGUGCGGACAGUGCGGGAACUACGCGCGGCUGCAGCAGGAGGCGGCCAUCUUGAAGGAGCGGGUGCAGUCCGCAGAGAGCAGGCUGGAGGAGCGAGCGCGGGCGGAACGCGACCAGGCGGAGGAGACCCGGCGCACGGCCGAGCGCCACGCCGACGAGCUGUCCCGGCUCAGGAGGGAGGCCACCCUGGAGACGCAGAGGCUGCUGGACGAGCUGAGGGCGAAGCAGCGCGCGGUGACGCAGCUGGAGCGGCAGCUGCACGAGCACGCCUCGCGCCUGCAAGUGCAAGCGGACUGCAUUCAGGCCGCCAGGAGCGCUGAUGGCAGCAUGACCAGCAUGAGGGACUUCGCCAAGGACUCGUGCAAGAAGGGCGCGCCGCGGCGAGAGCUGGAGUCCCUCCAGAGGCUGCUGGAGAGCCGCGAGCAGGAGAUAGCAGCGCUGCGGCAGGCCACCAAGGAGAAAGACAGGAAGUUGGACCAGCUGACAAGCCGAUACAGGCGGGAACAAAUGCGGCAUUAUUACAGACAGUUCGUGGAGCUGGAGCCGGUGGCGGAGCUGGAGGAGGACAGCGAGCUGGAGGACUCCGCGGCUUCCAGCGGCUCCCCGGGUCCCGGGGACGGCUGGAGCAAGGCGGCGGCGCCCAGCUACCACGAGGAGCUGUACCUGGAGCUGCUGCGCGAGCACUCGGAGCUGCAGGAGGCGUACCGCCACGCGCAGUUCGACGCGCGCGUGCUGCGCCGGCUGGAGGCGGAGCUGGCCCAGGCGCGCGCCCAGGCGCGGGAGCUGCGCCGCGCGCUGCGGGACGCCGCCGCAGCGGGUCGCUGCGCCAGGGGCGAGGAGGCCGAGCAGGCGCAGGCGCAGGCGCAGGCGCGCGAGGCGGCGCUGCGGGCGGAGAACGCCGAGCUGCGCGAGCAGAACGAGCUGCUGGAGUUCCGCAUCCUCGAGGUGGAGAACGCGGCGGGGCGCUGCGCGGACGUGCGGGACGCCUCCACGCUCACGGAGCCCCAGCUCGCCGCCUGGGACCCGGGCUUGCUGCCUGCCCUGGAGGACCCCCUCAGCGAGGUGGACCAGGGCGUGCACGACAUGAUGUCGGGCGGGCCCGAGGAGCUGCGGCUGCGCCUGCUGCACGCGGCCAAGAGCCUGCAGCGCGCCCCGGACCGCAGCUGCGUGCUGCAGGCGCUAGAGGCGCUAGAGGCGCGGCGCGGCAAGCACGUCCUGCUGGGUCGCGAGCAGCCCGGCCGCGCAGUCGCCACGGUGCUGCCCUUCAAGGAGGCGCGCGGCGAGACCAGCCCCCGGCCGGCCGCCGCCGAGUGCCUGCAGGAGAGCGGCAUCUUCGAGGCCGACGAGCUGGAGGAGGGCGUGAGCCAGGCCACGCAGACCGAGCCCGCGGCCACGCCCCUGGGCGACCUGCGCGCCGAGAUACAGAAGCUGACGCAGAUCCGCGAGAAGAUCGAGGAGCGCGGCGAGCUGCUGCCGGGCCACCAGCGGCGCACGCCCGGCGACUGUGACACCGCCCACGAGUGCUGCAGGAAGCUGCACGACCAGACCUCCAGACAACACGGCAGCCAGAGCAGCCUGGUGGAGGAGCUGCGAACCAUGGACAUCAACAAGCUGGAGGAGGAGGGCCUGAAGGGGCGCGUGCGCGAGCUGGAGGAGCGCGAGCGCGCCUACCAGGCCACCAUGCUGCGCGCCGAGGAGAUGAUGGCGGAGCUGCAGGAGCACUGCGCGGGGCUGCUGCGCGGCGCCCAGCGCGCCGAGGCCGACUCGCGCCGCCAGCUCGCCGCCUGCGAGGAGGAGAACGACCGCCUGCGCUGGCGCCUGGACGAGCUGGAGCGCGGCCACUCGGCGCUGUUGGACCGCCUCCAGAGGGGCGAGGAGGAGCGCGCGCGGCUGGUCGCCGACGCCGAGCAGCUGCAGAGGGACCUGGAGCGCUGCAGGGAGGAGGUGGCCGCGCCCUUGCGCGCCGCCGCGCUGCAGGAGCGCAGGUCGAGCCAGGCGCUGCGCGCGCAGCUCGACGACCUGCACCUGGAGCUGGCCCGCACCGACAAGGAGCACAAGGAGAAGACGAAUGACCUGAAGAAGCAGCUGGGAGAGGCCCAAAAGACCGCAGUAGACUACGAGUGCACCAUAAGUGAGCUGAGGGAAGAAGUUGACACGCUCGAGGCGGCGGUGUCGGAGCUGGGGGCGGAGGUGCAGCGGCGGCGGGAGCGGGAGCGGGCGCUGCGGGCCGAGCUGGAGGCGGCGGGGGCGGAGCUGGAGCGGGGGCGGGCGCGGGCGGGCGCCGGCGCCUCGCCCGGCCGACAGCCCAGCGUGCAGGAGGAGCUGGUCAUGCUGGACCGCAGCCUGCAGCCGCCCGGGUCUCCGGCCGACACGUGCGCGGCGCAGCUGGAGCCGGGGGCGGCGGAGCUGGACUCGGGCGUAGAAGACUUCCCCGAGGACGCCUCGACGCGGCGCGGCGGCGGCAAGCAGGCCGCGCACAGGCCGCGCCGCCAGAAGCUGCCGUCGCCGCCGCCGCGGCUGCACGCCGCGCCCUCCUCGGUGCGCGAGUUCCUGCAGCGGCCGCCCGGCUCGGCGCUGCCCGAGGACUGCAAGCGGGCCGUGCGCGCGGCCGUGGAGGCGCGCCGAGAGCUGGCGCACAGCGGGCUCAGCGAGGCCGUGCUGCACGUGCGGAGCUGCGCCAACUGCUCGUGCGUGCUCAAGUCCCUGCUGAGCGCCAUCUCCGAGAAGAUGAGGGACCUCAGCAGCGUCAUGGUCUCCAAGAAGUCCGAGCCUCUCGCCCUGGACGGCGCAGACAAAGUGCCCAAGGUGAAAGCAGAGGUCGCAGCGAGUGCGCCGUACACCGCUCCAACAAGCGAAUCAGUCGACGACUCCUGCUCCGAGGGGUCGCCUCGGCCGGACCGGCCGCGCAGACGACUGCGCAGCCCGCCGCGGCAGAAGCCCCAGUGGCCGCAGGUGACGACCAGCCAGUGGCAGUGCUAGAGGGCCGUCCGCCGCUGGCGUCCAGACGGGGGGAAGGGAGCAGCGAGGCGAGACAGUGGCCACACCCGUCCGCUGCGACGCCGUGCCCGCGAGGACUACACGCACGGCUGAUGUCGUCUGGAGAUGCGUUGUGCGAGAAACAGUCAUCACAU